CGCGCACCGCCUCACCUCCACUCUUGAGGCUCCCCUUGCUUUCAGGGUCUCACUCGGCCUGGCUGCCGCAGUGCCUCGGCCAGUGCCUCUUUAGCUUCUGUUGAGACCGUCACUCCCUCUCCUGCGCUGUCACACUCGUUGUUCCGUGACCUUGUUCCAGCUCUCAAACCCACGGAGACGACCGAUUGGGGUGUCUACUGAAAGCCAAGAGGAAGUAUACGUCCUUUCCACGAGUGCCCUAAGCCGUCAGUGCCGCCCUCCGAAGCCUCUCUAGUGGCCAAGCGUCCGUGAUCGAUCAGGCCCCCCACCUGGCACCCCACCCCACCAGCAUCACCCUACAGGGGCUGAUGUACUGAUUGCAGCCCCCGUGCGGUUUGGACUUCAGACUGGAAAGUUCUCAUAGUGAACAUCCACGGAGAGUGAUAACUACACUAUCAUUGGUGUUCCAGGCUAAACAAAGGAGCAGAAUUUUGCAUCAUGAUUAAAAAGACAGAACUCAAGCAACAUUACGGUGUAUUCUUAAGCUUUUAGACUGAUUAUAUGGAGUGUUAAUGAGUCACCUGGUGUCAGUGCCUCCUGGCCAGACUGAUGACUGACAAGUAGCAGAAAAAUCGUGCCGUCCUCACCAUGGGCAGCUGGCGACGACGCCCCGGCAGGUGCAAACGAAGACUACAGGUCGCAGCGGUGGUUGUGGCCGUGGUGGCGGCUGUGGGGCUGGUGCUGAUGCUGGGGACGGGUGAGGAGGAAGCCACGAGACACAAUACAGGGGCGCGAGACGAGCUGGGGUUGCCUGCUCAUACUUUGGAAGAUGGCCACACGCCGCCCUCCAUGUAUUCGGUGCCUGGAACAGUGGUCAUGAGGACAGGGAAAAGUGAAGGCCUGCUGGAAAGGUUUCUGAAUGGCCGCGGCACCUUGGGGGAGAUCAUCAGCCUCGAUAUGACCCAUCCUGCCUCAAGCAACGCGCACUGCCUCCACACAAAGACAGAUCCGAGUUAUCCCGUGUGCCCUCACCCCGCCUCGCUGGAUCGCCACAUUUCCAAUCAGCUCAAGACGGAAGGCGUUUGGCAGGCUCGCACUCUUGCCUUGCUUCCUGUUGCCCUGCGAUCUUACCCGUCUAGCACUCUGGUGGACAUUGGGGCUCACAUAGGAGUGUUCAGCCUGAUGGGAGCGCAUCUCGGGGCGACUGUGGUAGCUGUGGAGCCGGUCUAUGCCUCGGCUGUUCAUCUUCACGCGGGGGCAACUGCAGGAGAUGUUUCCGAGAAGAUCACGAUACUACUUCAUGCUGUGACCCGGGAGCCAACGCAGGUCAAGCUGAAGUACAAGAAUGGCAACCUUGGGGGCACAUCUGUAGUGGAUGUCACCCCACAGGAGGCCGAGUCUAUCCGCUCUUCACGCCCUCAUGAUGUGGUCACCUCCAUCACCCUCGACUCACUGGCUCCCUUUAUCAAUACCUCAGUGGUCAUCGUCAAGCUCGACAGCGAGGGACGGGAAUGUGAGGCGGUAUUGGGGGGACACGAUCUCCUCACCGCCCGCUUCACGCCGUACAUCUUCAUGGAGUGGACGGUGCUGGCCAACAACCGACACAAGUUCAAUGCCCCAUGUCGCCCGCACCACCUUCGGGAAAUGGUUCAGUGGCUGUCCUCCCACGGCUACCACGCGCACAUCUCCAAGUCUGGUGCACCUCUCAAUCCCGACAAAGUGGAUACGUGGAGGGCAGGAGACAUUUACUGGAGGCACUCUACUGCUCUCCCUCUCCACCCUUCAGCUUCUUAGUGCAGGAGACCAGUGUGCAGCUACAUAAUUAAAAUCAAUAGGAAUACUUAAGAUAUGAGAUACAUUUGUUGGAUUAAGAUUCAUUGUUUUCUAUCCUUGAAUGUUGAAAGUAAUGAAAGAGUAAUUUGUUAUCACAUAACAAUAUAUAUA